AGCUCUACAAUGUUUAGGUACAGAGUCUUGGUGUGUCAACUAUAUUUUGAAACCUGAAUUUAAGGACUAUAAUCACAGGCAGAGGCACUGAAACAGUUUGUGCAUGCGUAUGGGAUAGAGCAGAAGAAUGGCUCACUGUAAUCAACUUCGAUCAUCCUCUCCAAGUGAAGUCAACCUGGGUCCUUCAGCCAACCCUCAUGCCAGACCUACAGACUUUGAUUUCCUUGCUGUGAUUGGAAAAGGAACGUUUGGGAAGGUUCUUCUUGCUAAACGGAAAUCAGACAGCAAAUUCUACGCUGUGAAGGUUUUGCAGAAGAAAAUAAUACUGAAGAAAAAAGAGCAAAAUAACAUAAUGGCAGAAAGGAACGUGUUGCUCAAGAGCUUGAAGCACCCUUUCCUGGUGGGCCUCCACUACUCCUUCCAGACCACGGAGAAGCUCUACUUCGUCUUAGACUAUGUCAAUGGAGGAGAGCUGUUCUUCCACUUGCAGAGGGAGCGCAGCUUCCCAGAGCCCCGUGCUCGCUUCUAUACUGCCGAGGUGGCCAGCGCCAUUGGAUACCUGCACUCCCUUAACAUUGUUUACAGAGAUCUGAAACCAGAAAACAUCCUUCUGGAUGCCAUGGGUCAUGUGGUGCUUACUGAUUUUGGCCUUUGUAAGGAAGGGAUAGAACCAGAAUCAACCACCUCGACUUUCUGUGGGACCCCAGAGUAUCUGGCUCCAGAGGUGCUGAAAAAGAAGCCUUACGAUCGCACGGUGGAUUGGUGGUGUCUGGGAGCCGUGCUCUACGAGAUGCUGUAUGGCUUGCCACCCUUCUAUAGCCGGGAUGUUUCUGAGAUGUAUGACGGCAUCCUACAUAAGCCCCUGAGUCUGGCGGGGGGCAGAAGCCCAGCAGCAUGUGAGCUGCUGACGGGACUGCUACAGAAAGACCCCCAUCGCCGUCUGGGAGCCAUCGCUGACUUUCUGGAGGUUAAAAGCCAUGCUUUUUUUGCCGCUAUAAAUUGGGACGACCUGUACCACAAGAGAAUUACGCCUCCAUAUAACCCCAAUGUGAAAGGGCCUGCGGACACCCAGAACAUUGACCCAGAAUUCACCCAAGAGGCCGUGUCCAGUUCCGUGGGCUGCACUCCGGAUCUCUCGUCCAGCUUCGCCAGCAGCAGCUCUAGUGCUUUUUUGGGCUUCUCCUACGUCCAAACUGAAGACCACUUCCUCUAGGGCCACCAAACCAUCACAACCUGCAGCCUUCAGGUCUAUGCCUUUCUGUUAAGAGAUUGGGCCUUUGGCCAGACUGACCCCACUUCUGAAGAUGCAUUGGGGGAAAAAAGCUUUGAUGAUCCAUCUAGCUCUAAAAUCCUGCCUUCUUUUGCGAGCAUGUAAAAGCAAAUUGAGCAUCAGUUUGCUUUGGAUUUUGAGUUUCAUUGACUUUUUUUCAACAUGAGGAGCACAUAAUCUAAUGAAUGUUGGAAGACUUAGAAUGAUAUAAGCCGAAAUAAAAUCAUAACUUUACUAUUUCAUUUCAAAUGUAAUAAAUACAAAACCAUAUUAAAGAAUUACACUGA